GACGCAUGCUAGAGCUAGCUACCCCUGUUCUAUCUCUUCUCACCAGAGCGUAGCGCGUGGUGGCGUCGCGAUUUUUCUGCCUCUCUCAGCUAGCUUUCAGCACUCCUCUCGUCUUCUCCUGUCUUGGACGAUCUCGCUGGAAGUGAAAGGUUAUUAAGUGUCUCGGUGAGGAUGGCCGACAACAACACUGGCAACAACGACAGCGGAGGCACCAACGGGAACACCGCCGCCGAGGUUCAGAUACAAAUCCCAGGACCAGCGAAAACCGAAGCUCCAGCAACUCAACAAGAAGGGCCAUCGGGAAGCUCUAAAGCUAAAAACUGGAAAUGGUUUGUGGUGGCAGUGGAUGCUUUGUUCCUCAUUGUUGGUCAGACAUCGGCAACAUUGUUAGGGCAAUACUACUACAGUCAAGGUGGCAACAGCAAGUGGCUUUCGACAUUCGUGCAGACUGCUGGCUUCCCUAUACUGUUCUUCGGCCUGUUCUUUUUCCCUUCAAAGUCGCCUUCCAGCGAAACUCCGGUCGGAAAGAUUGCCACUGUAUACAUUGUCUUGGGGCUUAUCAUAACAGCGGACAACACGAUGUACUCCCAUGGGCUGAUGUUUCUUCCAGUCUCAACCUUUACACUCAUCUGCGCUAGUCAGUUGGCCUUCAACGUCUUCUUCUCAUACGUCCUCAACUCUCAGAAGCUCACCGGUUUGAUCAUGAACUCCGUGGUGCUGCUUACCUUGGCUGCUCUACUCCUUGGAGUCAACCAUGAAUCUCAUGGACCUACCGGUGUCUCAGGAGGGAAGUAUGUGCUGGGUUUCCUGUUGACACUGGGGGCAUCAGGCACCUACUCACUCAUCCUUUCCCUCAUGCAACUUGCGUUCGAGAAUGUGAUAAAGGAACAUACCUUCUCAGGAGUUCUGAACAUGCAGAUAUAUACCGCACUUGUGGCAACUUUUGCUUCUCUCGUUGGGCUAUUUGCGAGUGGAGAAUGGAAGGAUUUAAAGGAGGAGAUGGAUGGUUUCCAGUCAGGACAGUUCUCCUACAUGAUGACACUGGUGUGGGCAUCCGUGUCUUGGCAGCUCGCUUCUGUCGGAGUUGUGGGCUUGGUUUUUGAGGUAUCGGCGUUGUUCUCGAAUGUGGUCAGCACGUUUGCUCUACCAAUUGUCCCUCUUUUUGGUGUGAUGGCCUUUCAUGACAAGAUGAAUGGAGUCAAGGUCAUAGCUAUGCUGAUAUCGAUAUGGGGUUUUGGCUCGUAUCUCUGUCAAAACUAUCUCGAUGCUAAGAAAGCUGGAAGUGCAUAGGGGGAUUCCUAGUGUCUACAAUUUUCUUGUGAUAGAUUGCUCUUUAUCGGUUUAGUUUGUUUCUUGCGAGAUGAUAAGUGUUUAUUACUUAUGUUAAUUUAAGUAUGUUUGUGAAAGUGCUUUCAGCUGUGUUUGUUAGGUGGUGUGAGUCGUACCAUUCAGGUCCUAAGUUUGACUAGUAAUUAUAGGUCUUGGUUUUUUUACUGCAUAUGCGGCAUAUUUGUAAUGGUGUGGGACAUGGAAUAAACAUAAUAUGUCU